AUGGCGACAACUCCCACCGCCAACAACGGCAGCAGGCCGACAGACCGUACACCUUCUCGCACACCAGCCAACAGACUACCAGCUACGAGCGCAGAGCCGCCAUCCUCCCGUCGUGUCAAUCACACACCCCUUGAUCGCACCGCUCCCCGCGACCUUCUCAACUCUCUCCGCCGAGGAACCCCAGGCUCUGCCCGCAGACUAAACAAUGCGCCCACACCCCACGCCAAAGCCGCCCGGAGGGCGCUCAACGACCGCCGCACCGCCAUGUUCACUCCGGGAAAGAAGAGGCGGCAGAGCCUCAUGGGGCAGAGGGAGGAUGCGAUGCAGCUUCUGAAGAACCUAGGAAGGGCGCUGGCCCCCACGAGCCAGCCCAUUAGUAGUAGCUCUUCCUCAGGCUCGUCGGCUUCAUCGCCUGCCACGAGGCGCCCAAGCAUCCGGUCUAGGAUGAGCGCGACCAUAGACUACGACGACGAGUUUGACGACGACGCUCCGCUCCCGCGACCCCGUCUGAGCCUGCCCAUCGAUAAUGACGACGACGAGGAGGAUCUACAGCGGCCCGAACUCUCUCAGCUCGAUCCGGAUCAGACUGUCGAGCUCCCCCGAAGAUUCCUACCUCCCCAGCGAGACUCGGAGAUGCCGCGGAUGAGUCUUGGGAGCUUACAUGGGGGUGAUUUUCCCAAUCAUGACCCAACGGGCGAGGUCGAUAUGCCGUCAGAGUUCUCUGAAGGCGCGCCGGAUAGAGAUCGCACAAAUCUGAGUUUUGACCGAGGAACGGUUGAGGGCGAUCUGACUCGCCGUUCUAGCUUCGAUCUUCAGAUGCCUGACUUCCCCGAUUUCCCUGACGAAGCGGAGGAUGAUGCACCAGCCCUUCAAUUUGACUCCCCAGAGCGCUCGCCAAGCCAGGCUCGUUCGCUAUUAGAAGUUACAGCUGGGGAUGUCAUGGAAGCUGGUGUAGAGCCAGAGGUUGCUCCGGCCUUUGAUGAUUUUGGCUCGGACAGGGGGGAAAUAGAGGACUUCCCAUCCAGUGAUGAGGGUGUCCCAGGAGCAGACGAUGGAAUAGAUGAUCGCGGUGCUGCUUUCGAUGACAUCGAUCAUACGGUUGGCGACAUUGCAGAUAUCACAGCAAUAUCUGCCGUUGCCGCAGAUUCUGAACGAACGGAGAGAACCAGGCACCCGGCGAAGAAGCGGAAGCGGAUCUCCCGACACGGCAUCGAGUAUCCCUCGCUGCCGUCCACCUUCGUGAAGCGAGUCGCGCAAAACGCCCUGCAGAACUCCGGGCUUAGCAAUACCAGGAUAUCAGCAGACACCCUCGCUGCGCUCGAGCAGGCCUCGGACUGGUUCUUCGAGCAACUGGGUGAUGACCUUGAAGCCUACGCAAGUCACGCGAAACGGAAGACUAUUGAAGAGAGUGACGUGGUGACCCUGAUGAGGAGGCAACGCCAAGUAGGUUCUAAUUCUACAGUAUUUUCCCUGGCACAGAAGCAUCUGCCCAGGGAACUCCUUCAGGAGUUGAGGAUGCCGCCACCUCAGCCCGUCAAGCGGCGCCAGUCCAAGCGAGCGCGAGACGAAGAUGACAACGGAGAGGAAGCAACAUGA